GUCUGCCUUCAGUUCGACAGCGCUGUCCAUCUUCGCCAGGUGCAGUUCCUCUCUCACCAGAGUAAGAUAGCAACCAAGAUCGAGCUCUUUACUGGGCUCACGCCACCCUCGGGGCAAACUUCGGUGGAGGCCGUGCAGUUCAAGCGGUUGGGCUAUCUCUCCCUGGACAGCAACGAGCGCUCUCAGUUCCAGGCGCGUGAACUGAAGAGCGUCUACGUGGACGUGGUGGCGCAGUUUCUGAGGAUUCUUUUUCACAAGUGCCACAUCAACCGCUACAAUGCUUUGAACCAAGUCGGGCUGAUCGCUCUUAGCUGCCUUGGGGAGGUUGUGCCUCCUGCAGACAUGCCUGCUCCAGCUGCGGCUCCGGCUCCUCCGAAACCCGCUGCUGCAGCUGCAGCACCGCCGAAGGUGCCAGCAGCAGAAGUCAAAAAGCCACCAGCUGUGGCUGCCCCGGCUCCGGCUGCCGUGCCACCAGCUCCACAACCUGCUGUGGAGCCACCGCCUGCAGCUCCAACACCAAGACCACAGCCGACAAUUUCAAAGGUCGUCAGUGACCUCGCCGACUUAGAAGAGGCCAAGUACGACGCCAAGACGCUGGAUCGGCUCAGGAACUUGGUGCUGGAAAAGCAGCAGUGCGUUGAAACAGAGGACUAUGGGGGAGCAAAGAGGUGCAAGGAUGCAAUCCUGAUGCUGAAGCAGAAGGGUCUCCAGAUCUGUCAACUGGAGGAGCGGAAGCGGGCUGCCGUCGAGAACGAGGAGUAUGACGUGGCAAAGUCCCUGAAGGUGGAGAUUGACAGGUUGCGCGCGGAGUGCGAGCGGGCUGGCGAGGAGAAGGAGGAGCCCGCGGUGCAGCCUCCGCAG